GGAGAAUAUUCUGUAUUGGUAACUUUGAUUGAAUUCCAGUUGGCUUCUCGGAGAGAACAACAAAGUGUUCGUGAAAAUUGUGAGCGCCAUGCUAAAGAAUUGGUUGAGAACCAGCAACAACUGAGAUCUGCCACUAUCAAAGCCAGAAAAGCUAUUAGUAGGUUCCAUGCAUAUUCUGCUAAGACAACUACGGAGCGUCUGUCGGAUCUCCUUUCGAAAAUGGGAGAUCGAGUCGCCCAAAGUGAACAAACUAUGGACAGCUUAAUUCAUUCGAGUUCGGUUCUUGUUCAAACCCAUUCAGAGUUUGAAAGUCAUGCCGGACACAUAAAGACUGGUAACAAACUUCUGUCCAAGUACGAGCGAAGAGAACUGACUGACAAGAUACUCGUAGCAAUAGCCUUAAUAUUUUACUUCGCUGUGAUAUAUUAUAUUUUACAAAAGAGGAUAUUGUCCAAGUUUUGGUUAUGGUGA